AUGUCGUCACGAGGGAGCCUAAGCCCUGCGGUAUCCUCAAACGUCUUUCCUACUUUCACCGAGGCCAAAAAGUCUCUGGAUAUGAAGCUUGAUCAAUAUCAACCACUCCACCUUGAAGAUGAUAGCGAAAGCUCUUUGAGGAUAUUUCUCAAAUACCUACCGCUGCAAGGACAAGUCAACCUAGCAGAGAACGUGGAGCGGUGUUCUGAUGAUGAAGAAUUACGGCAGCUGGCUAAGAGCCUCGACACAGGCUUGCUGCGGCCUAUGCUAGCCCAUGGCGGUACCACACCCGCCGUAACCCUAUCUCCUCGGCUUGGCGUAGAGGAUUCUAUUGAAGAUUUGCUCUCUAAAGAUAUCCACACUGCUAGAGAGCUAGUCAACGACAACUACGCGACCACUGUCUGGCAAGGGAGGGAUAUAGGUGCGUUGUGUCAACCGUUUGCUUUAGGGGCCUUCCAGGAAAAUGACACAGACGAACGAUAUAGGCAUGCGAUAAACGGGUAUCCUUCGCCGGAGGGCAGUGCACUGGUUGGGAUGGGUGGAGGGAGGAAAAGAGAAGAGGAAGUGCGUCGUCCUUAG